GAAAUACCUAGAGGGAUCCACGACCUCAGUUUCCGUCGUAAAUAGAAGACCUCCGGCCAUCCCGCUGUCCCGCAGCAGCCUUUUCUGUGGUGACAACCAGCGAGGAAAACUUCCUGUUUCGGAUUCCUCUUUUGUUUGACAUCGAAGUUGCUGCUGAGGCGCGUGUGAGAGCAGCUUUUUCCCUCUUUGCGCUUUGGAAGGAAUGACCUCAUUUGCCCACAUAUCUUUCCUUUGAUUUGAGUAGAGCAAGCUGCUGAUCGAUUCCUGGUAUCUAAUGAUAGGCCAUUUGCAAAAAAACCCUCGCUGCAUUGUCUUCACUUUUUAAUGAGAUGACCCUCAUCAUACGUAAUCUGCAGAGAGCCAUCCCCCUCAGGAGAGCACUCCUUCGCAAGAGAGUAGACCAGAUCCGUUGCAUUUUGGGUGUGCGACAGUUUGAUCUUGCCGUUAUCUGCAUCAGUAACGACCACAUUCAACGACUCAAUAAGACCUACAGAUCCAAGAAUAUCCCCACAGAUGUGCUAUCGUUCCCUUUUCAUGAGGAUCUGAAACCUGGAGAGCUGCCAAAGAUUUCUUGUCGAGAUGAACUGAAUUUGGGAGACAUUUUUCUAGGAGUAGAGUAUAUCUAUCAGCAAUGUCAAGAGAACAAGGAAGAUUACAACAGUAUUCUCACAGUGACGGUCGCCCACGGCUUGUGCCACUUACUCGGAUAUAAACACAGCACAUUUGCAGAGUGGCAACAGAUGUAUGAAAGAGAAGCACAAAUCCUCCAGGAGAUAAACAGGCUGUCCGGCACAAAUUUGCAACCUCUGACCAAAAAUCACUUCUAGACAUGUUCUAAUAAUAUUUGUUAUUUAUAAAUUAAAAACUUAAUGAGUUUAAA